CGCUCGCUUGUUGAUACGGGGAGCCGUGCGCGGUGUGACGCAGGGUAGGCGGUUGUACAGUAGUCAGGGAGCCGAGGGAAGGUCUUCCGCCAUUGUAAGGGAGUCUGACUCUGAGUCACCGCCAUAUGAACCAGAGGCUGAAGAGUCUGCCACCACUGCUGCUGAAGAAAGUGACGUACUUCACCCAGGCCCAUCCUGUACAUCCCACCCACUGGAGAAGCUCCACCAUCAGAUAGUUCAAGCGUCUAGAAGUGGAGGCAAAGCAGCCAGGAAGAGCAGAAGGGAAGGGCCUCACUGCAAAUAAUUUCCUCAUGAUGCUGUCAAACAUGCAUGAACAACAGGUCUCUUACCACGAAGAACAGAAGGACCAGAUGUGGCAGAUAGAGCAGAGGCAGCAAUGGGAUAGUGAGGAUGGCGAUCUACUGUUCCUCAAGAGCCUUCUCCCCUCUCUCAGACAAAUGUCACCUUGGUGGAAGGCAGAAUGUAAGGUGACCUUGAUGUCGGUGGUGGCCAGAUUUACAGCAUCCACUUCUACCACUGAAUCCUUUUAUAACCCUGCAGUAAUCUCCCAUAGUCCUGCCCACACUUCCUCAAUCAGCUCCCCACCAGAAAAGGAAGCAAAAAAGUUCCCAAAGAUCUACACAAAAACGGGCGACAAAGGCUUCUCAAGUACAUACACAGGAGAGCGGAGACCGAAAGAUAACCUUGUGUUUGAAGCAUUGGGAACUACAGAUGAGCUGACCUCUGCCAUAGGGUUGGCCAGAGAAUUUUGUUUGGAUGCAAAUCUCCAAUGUGUCUCAGAACUUGAGAAGAUACAGUGUAUGCUGCAAGACAUUGGCGCAAAUAUUGCAACACCACUAUCUUCAGCCAGAGAAAGCCAUAAAGUGAAGACUUCAUUUAAUGAAGAGCCCAUUAAGGAGCUAGAGCAAUGGAUUGAUAAGUACACAGCUCAGCUACCUCCUCUCUCCAGCUUUAUUCUACCUUCUGGAGGCAAGGCCAGUGCAUCACUACAUGUUGCCAGAGCAGUGUGUCGAAGAGCAGAAAGAGUAACUUUUAAGUUACUGCAAACUGGGGAGGCAGAUUCAGAUGUUGGAAAAUACUUGAACAGGCUGAGUGAUUACCUUUUCACAUUGGCAAGAUAUGCAGCCAAGUCAGAAGGCAGAACUGAGACCAUCUACACCCGAAUGUACCCAUGAGGAAUUAGAAUACCCAUGAAGCUUGGAGUGAGAAGACAAUACACUAGUUACACAAGACUCGUGUAGCUCAGUCUUAAUAGGCCAACAUCUUUAAGCACAUC